AAGGCCUGAAGCUCGUCGAUUAUUCUUAUCUUCGUGUUCUUUCCUCGGAGGAAAACGAAAUAAAACAAACACAACACAAUUGUUCCCUGUUGCCUAGCCAACUUGUUUAGAGGAUCCAACAUUCAAGAAGAAGCUGGAUCUUGGGAGCAGCAGAAAUUCUGUCUUAAGAUUAUUGAGUUUGCCAUGAAAGUAUUUUUGAAGAUUUGACUUCUUUCCAAGGAUAAGGUAAUCUGCUCCAACGUUUAAUUGACACACUCAACAAAUACGCCAAAAUGCUGAAGGCGGAGUCCAUAAGCACGAUAAGUGACAGAGACGAAAACUUGGAAGACGACAUAGAUGAUCUCGAUGGAUCCAUAAUAUGGUCGCAGGACGAUCCUCUGUCCUGCAAUGAAAUUUUAGAUCCCGAAACGAAUAUUGGUCCUGGCGGAGAUGCACUAGGAAGUCCAAUCACAUUGUGCCGGUUAUGCGCCGGUCAAACUGUAAACCCAGUAUACAUUUAUUCGGAAAUCGGAGAAUCAUUGAAGCUUGCUCAAAAGAUAAACACCUGCUUGAGUAUUAAGGUGAGGAUGACUGACCCUUUACCGAAGCAACUUUGCGUCACUUGUGUGGAGAAGAUUAACUGGUGCAACGAAUUCGACAACGAAUGCAUAAAAGCCGAAGAAACCUUAACGACGAUGCUUCGCGAAAAGAGAUGUUUUGAAGUAUCGGAAGUGAUAAGCAAGGAUCAAAAUUGUCAUGAUAAGUCGUGUCCUUUGUGUCUCGAAGGUCACAUGACGACGACCCAGUUGAACACAAACGAUCCAACAUUCGAAGAAUUAUACGAUAGCGACAUUGUACUGGACAGUAGUGACGAGGAGAAGAUGUUUAACGAAUUGAAAAUGGAUAAGGAAGUCGGGAGCAAUGCGAUAAUGCUGCAAUGCCUUGGAAGCAGUCAGCAGUACCUGAAGUGCGGUGCCUGUAUGAAUCUCUACCACACCAAAGAGACUUUGGACAAUCACAAGUGUAAGCCAAACGUUCAGAAUACGUCUAAGCCGUAUAAGUGCGUCAUGUGUAAUGCCACCUUUACUUUCGAAGAGCGAUUGAAUUUUCACAUGCAGUUUCACGAGGGCGCCAAAGCCCUGUACUGCGAAGUCUGCAAAAUUACCUUCGGUAAAGAGUUAAAGUUGUUUUACCAUUACAAAAGGUAUCACUGCGAGGCCAUGACUAUAUCCUGUCUGCAGUGUGGAAAACUUUUUGAAAAUCAGGAACAACUGAGGAUCCACGUGUGCGUCGAUGGGAAAACGAGGCCUCACGUUUGCGAGGUCUGCAACAAGGGUUUCUCCGACGGCUACACCUUGAAGCGACAUAUAGUAACUCAUCUGCCUGAAAAGCCAUACAAGUGUUCUCAGUGCUCCAAGAGUUUCACCCAAAAAUCAAGACUCAAUAAGCACGUUGCCGGUCACGGGAUUGUUAUCGAGAACACUCAAACCGCAUGGAAGUGCGUUCAGUGUGGUGAGACCUUUAACAGCUGUGACGACGCAGACAGUCACUACAGGAUUCACGAGGACAAAAUCACCUUGAUAGAAGAAUUAUCCACGUCGAAGAUGUACCACUGCGAGUUCUGCAAUAGCCACUUUGUCGAUCCUGACAAUUUGAAGACGCAUCAGAACCAGCACGUUGUCGAGAGACCCUACAGUUGUAAUCUUUGUAAUACAAUUUACAAAUCCUUCGCCGAGGCGGUGCUACACUGGAAGGAACAUCCCAGAACGUUCAAGGUGGUCACGGUAUUUCUCUGCGACCUCUGUAGCAAGGACAUGAAGGAGUUGUCCCUACUGUACAAGCACAAACAGAAGAGACAUCAUUACGUGCCGAGAAAAUCCGAUUCCGGCAAUAUGAUCUUUAUCUGCGAACUUUGCGGUAGCACGUUUGAAAAGAGCGAGGAGAUUCAGGAGCACGGUAGAGAUCAGUGCUCAAAGUUUCCUUGCGACAUAUGCGGCAGUUUGUUACCCACUGCGAACUCCCUGAACGCCCAUAAAAGAAGACACAGCGGUCUGCGUCCUUACGUUUGUAAUAUUUGUGGAAAAAGUUACACUCAGUCUAGUCAUAUGUGGACUCACAAGAGGUUUCACAUGGGCGUGAAACCGUACGCCUGUCAGUACUGCGAUCAGAGAUUCACGAUUAAGCCCGACCUCGCUGAUCACACUAGAAAGAAGCACACCAGAGAAAGACCCUUUAAAUGCGAUGUCUGUAACAAAGCAUUUCUCACAGGUUCGGUCUUUUAUCAGCACCGACUGAUUCAUCGGGGAGAUAGACGAUACAAGUGUCACUAUUGCGAAAAAGCAUUCACCAGGACUGAAGCUCUGAACAAUCACAUUAAGAUACACACUGGCGAGAAACCCCACGCUUGUGACGUUUGCGGAAGAUGCUUUAGGCAGAAAGGCGACAUGAGGAAGCACAGACGUACCCAACAUGCUGCCAAGGAAGAACUUUCUUGAUUUAAGCUUCCUUGUGCGAUGAAUCGUUGCGGGCAACUUCGAAGUAGUUUUGUCCGCUUCAGUAUUAUAACUGUUUGAAAUAGAUUUAUGGCUAUAUAAUAAAUGUUUAAAUAUCA